AUGAAGAGCUCGGUUCCUCCGGGGUCGCUGCUCGUUGCCAGCGCGGCGGGGCCGGGCCGGUGGCUGUGCCGGGGCGGAGGGGACCGCGGCCGCCGUGCUCCGCGGAUCCUGCCGAGGCCCUUCCCCGGCUGCUCCGCCGCUGCCGCGCACCGGCUGCUGCCUGGCCGGGAGCAGACAAAGGAGGAGAAACUCCCCCCCUGCGCCGUGGCGUGGGAGCACGGGGCCGCGCUGGCUGCUGCCUGUCGCCGCUGCCCGCGGCCGCACAAGGCUGCACUGUUGGGAGAAGAACAAAACCUUUGUCCUGCUCCAUCAAGGAAGCUGAGUCAGAACAGCUGCUUAGCAAAAGAUCUGAAGAGGUUUUGGAAGCAGUUAGAAAAAGAAGCAGGAAAGCCUGAGGCAAGAAAAUGUGCCUUUAUUCCGAAGACCCUGAAAAUGCCUUCAGAGUACUACUUGUUUGUGGAAGCAUUUUGCAAGAACCCUGGCAUCACUUGGGUUAUGAAGCUGCAGGUCUGGCGAGGAGGCUGGGACAGGAGGAUUUGUCUUACCCUUGUGAGAAGUGACUGGGAGGUUGGCAAGUCACAAGGUGAGGAAAUGUUCCUGAAAGCUGAAGGAUGUAAUUGAUUGAAGAAGGUUGGAAGUUUGACAUGAGACUUUAUGUUCCAGUGACAGCUGUAAGUGCAAACCACCAUUAUUAUGCCAGAAAUGGAUUUCCUUCACUUAAUGCCCAGUUGCUCUUUUCCUCUUCUCCCAGUACACUCCUCUGAAGGCCUGGUUAUGCUGAGGUGGAUUUGCUUGCUUUUCUGAUGCAGGAUUUACUCAGAACAGCAGAGGUGAUUGCUGUAUCCUGCCUGUGCCAUACAGAAGGGUAAGAAAAGGACUGUACAGUUUUACUGCCUGGUACUAGACACAUCAGAUGAACUUUGUCACUUCCAGCUCCUGCAAACACCUACAGGACUCGGCUGUCCCAUCGCUGCUGUUGUCACCCUGUCUUUCUCCAGUCCUUUUUCACUGGAAAACUGGUGUCACCAGAUCACUGGAAAUGUCAGUUUGACAAAUCAGCUUGGAAAAAAGCUGAAAUGUCACUCCUGGUUUUAUUGUUAGUGGUUGAAUUUUGGCAGCCUUUCUUCUUCCUCGGGUUCACAGAACGUAAGGACAAGGGGGAGAACUAUUUGAUUUCCAGUGUGUCACACUUGCUGCUGUAUUGAGUUUGAUAGCUUUCAUUUGAUUAACACAUCUUCCCAAAAGGUAUGCCACCUCAAUUUGAUGGCUUAGGAGACAGGAAAAUCCAUCACUUCUCUCUGAGAAGGUUCAGCAGAGUUCAUGCUUGCUCUGAAUGAUCAAUUACAGAGUGGGGGUGCAGCAGGCUGCCUUAGGGGGAAGGUACACUGAGGUUUGGAGACAAGGUGAUAUGAAGAGUUUCAUGGAAAACCAUGGAAUCGUUUGUUUUGGGAGGGUCCUUAAAGAUCAUCUCAUUCCAACCCCUUGCCAUGGGCAGGGACACCUUCCACUAGCCCAGGUUGCUCCAAGCCCCACCCAACCUGGCCUUGGACACUUCCAGGGAUGGGUGUUACACAACCCACCUCUGAGGUGGUAACUGAGGUUCUUGUUAAUAGAAUAAUAAUAAUUCACCCUCAGGGUGAAUUGGAGUGAAACGACACUGAAUGACCCGUGUACAUCUACGGGGCAGGUUUAUAUUAGAACAAUUUAAUUGCAGCAGAAAGGAGAUAUGCAACCAUUGUGGUUCUUUUCUGUAAAAAUAUAAAGAUAUCACAAAGAAAAUAGAUAAGAAGGAAAGAGAAGGAAAGGGCAAGAGUAGAUAGGGGCGAGGAAAGAUGUCACCUCCCAUGGAUCCAGCAAUGACUUAUCAUUGCAUUUUCCAUGUCCGUGAUCAGAGUGAUGGUCAUAGUCUUGACCUGUUGGGAGUGGGGGUUCAUGUGACAAGGAUUUCCACGGGUUAUAUAUGUUCAGUCUCGGGGGGAAUGCCUCGAUAGCUCCCCUAACAGGGGAAUUUUACACUGUAAGAUGCAGCUGUGCCUUAUCGGGAGGAGGAAAUUGGCACCAAAAAAAACAUUACCCCACCUCUGCAGGAUCUGCUCCUUAUCAGCCUUUUCCUUUAUCUGGAAACACUUUGUUGAAGACAUCAGUCCCAGGUUAUCAGGGAAACAAGAGAUCAAAGGGCUCAACCAAUUUAUGUAAGCAAAGUUUGGCUUAUCACAACGGGGCAUUCCGGGCAUUCACAGCUUCUCUGGGCCACCUGUGCCAGUGCCUCACCAUGAGGUACAGUACUAGCUCAGGGCAAUUGCUCUUUCCUUUUCUAGUUACCCUUCUUGAUACUUCUGAUUUUUAAGGUUUUUUUCUGCAAUUUUUGGUCAGAUAGCACAAUGGACUGUUGAAUUUCAGCUCAGGUGAAAUCUGAAGACAGGGAAAAUAAUUAAUUGGUGCUGAGGCACACAAGGACUGUUGGAGUGAGAAUUGUGCAUUUGCCUGAGCAGUGUUUGCUGUCUUGGAUCCUUAUCUCUACUUCAUCCCAGAUGUUCCAGUCACAAAGGUGGCAGUGCAAAAGACUGCACCUGACUGAUCCAGGGCAGGUGAGGGGUACAUGCUGCCUGCAGGCUAUUCCCUGCUGCCUGCUGCUGUGAUCUCUGGCAGGUGCAGGCAAGGUGACCUCACCCUGCCAGCUGCCAUGUGUGCUGCAGCCACUCAAUUGUGCUGCCUCCUCUCCUGACACCCAUCCGUGUGAUUUCCUUGGUAGCAGCAUUAGGAGUGAGGCCGGGCCAGUGUUCUGCUUUAAUGUGCAUUUAUAAGGUGGAGCUUUUUGACUUUAAACCCAAUAACUUUCUGGUUAAUGCACUUCUGAGAGCCAGACACAGCUUAGCCCUUCAUCUCUGAGACCUCAGAAGUACAGCAAGGCUGGCACUGCUGCACACAGCUGUCACUGUGAAGCUGCCUCUCUCAAGAGGUGACAGCUGAGAGGAAGGGAGAGAGAGAGAAAGAGGGGAAAAUAUUAAAUGGGAUGUCAGAUUCCUCAUGAAUCUGAGACGGAAAUCGGUGUUUAGAGGGUGGUCUUGAACUUCCCAUUUUAUGGGCUGCUCCCUUCUAUAAAUUCCUCUUGUCAGUAGGGAAAGGAGAUUCUUUGCAGUACCCUGAGAGCAGAGAAGAUGUCAAGUGCUGCUGGGGAACUUCUGAUGGGGGCCUGGGGACUGUGUUCUCCUGCAGCUGUACAGGAGGCAAACAUGGAGAGUUUAUGUGGCAUGUGGGCUUGGUGGCCCCAACCUUCUGGUCUCUGGCCUUUUACUCAGAAUUCUCACUGGGCUGUGGAGGCUGUGGUUGAAAACAAAUCACGUGGACUAAAUGUGUGGUCAUCUGUUGGGAAUAGCUUUGUAAAAUUGUUUGGAUGUCUCAGGGCUGCAGGUGGGUGAUGGAUCAGCUCAGACAGCGCUCAACCCCUAAGUGACAAAACAACAAGAAAAAACCCUUGAAAACAAAAUUUUACUUUUUUUUUUUUUUUUAACUACAGGUUUUCUCCCUGACUAAGCGAAAAAUAUUUAUAAUGACAGUUCAGCUGAAAUUCUCUGAAUUUUAUUUUGCUACUUACACAACUCAAGCAUUGCAACAGCAGGAACCCAAGAGUGCAACUGCCUUGUCAUUACAGGAGCUGAGAGAAACAGAAAUAGCAAAUAGUACUACAGAAAUGACAAGCAAAAAUAGGAUUAUUAUUCUUUCAGCCUUAAUCAUGUAAAGUGCAAGCAGUACCGUAGGUAAGACAAUUUCCCUUAGAUGUGAUUUACGUUGCUGGUGCUCUCUUAUGAAAUGUUGUCUCUAAUUUCUUUUGUUAACUCUUUCUUCUAACAAGACAUGGUCACUGGUGUUAUCUGUUACAGCCCUGUGUCCUGUCAGCUUCAGCCCAAUAUUUCACAUGGUGCCACUGGGGACAGCUUUAUUUCAAAUGAGCAAAUAAAUGCAGCUCAGCUUUGGUCAGGGAUAGCUCUAACAUGCACAAUCUACUCCAUUCACAACCUCAAACAACAUUACUGCUUAGGCAGCCUCCAGGUAAAGAGCUGGAGUAACCUCAGUUGGUUAGGAAAGAAAUUAAUUGGAAUGAAAGUCCUUGAUGUCAUCACAGUGCUGCUGGGCUCUCAGAGAGAGAUUUGAACACUAUGCUGGGAACCUGUUCCCCUCAGAACCCACAUCUGCAAUUAAAAAGGGUUAAUGCUCAUUCUGUGAAUCCUUCUCAGCAUUUACUGCUUCAGCAUGACUUUGGUUUUCCCUUUUCUUUCUGGAAGGCAAAGGGAUUUUUUUUUUUGUCUUUAGUACCGUCAAGAACAGGAAUAGAAACUUUGCAAUAAGCUCAGAAUGUUCUUUGGCUCAGAACAUGGGAAAGAGAUUUAGGGUUGGAUUUCCUAUUGCUUCACACUCAUUCCUGCCUGCUAGCAGGGUAAUGAUUUUGGGGAGGCAUUUCUCUUAAUGAGCCAUUGGCAAAAUGACCUGUUUCCCCCUAAUUUACUGUUGUAAUCUCUGCUGGUUUCUAGAGGUAAAUGCUUCACCUUCCCUCCUGCCAGUAACCAGGAAGACUGAACUCCAGUGUCAUCUUUUCAAAGACACACUUUGUUUUGUAGACAGGAAGAGCGGGGAGGUGAAGAUGUUUAUCACUUUCUGAGGAGUUUUAUUAGAAUGUUUGGGAUGGAUGGUCUGGUUCCACGACUUUCUUGGCAACUGAUCAUAAUCCUCUAACCUUUAUAGUGAUUAAAUGAUGAAUAUCCAGAAGCAGAGCAAAGUAAAGAAGCAUUCUGCCCCUUCAGAGUGGGAAAACAAGGCAGCACAGGGCUGCCAAGGGACUGGAGCCCAUGUCAGAGCUGGGACUUGUACAAGAGCUCUCUGUCAGAGGUCCCUGUGCACUGUGCCUCCCACUCAUGCCACUGCUGGAGCACCCUGUUCCCAGCAGCUGGUCUUACAGCGUUUUUUGAUUGACUUUACAACUGUGCAAACCCCAGAUAUUAAUAGCAGAGAGAUGUCCAGUGCCUUCAGCUGUUCAGCUGUGUCGCUGGUUGUCUGGGAGCUGAUUCCUGUGUGCAGACAGGGAACUGUCUUUGCUCAGGUACUUCAGUCCAUGGGUUUGUUGUAGGCUGACACGGGAGGAGGAGCAUGUUGGAGGCUUUGACCUGAUCUGGAAUGACAGGCCUGUCAGCAGAGGGGAAGAUCUGUGUGCUCUGUUGAAUGAGAACAUCACGGCAAACACACAUUUCGGUGCAGAACUCACCCAAAUGCUGGCAGGUGCCCUGCUCAGUCCUGAAGCUGUCUGCAUGGCAGCAGGAGAGCACACACCUUUGCUGGGCAACAAGAGAAGUGUGAGCCCUUAGGGGAUUAAGAGACCAAAAGGAGCAAACCCUUUCGAAAAAGAAAACACCCUGCAGUCACUGUGGUGACUGUUUAUUGGGCACUUACCUGAAGCUGGCUGUGUAUUUUAUUGUUGGGAAGUAGUACUUGGAUUGUCCAUGCUGACAGGCAUUGUAACCUUUUGCCAUGCACAUCUCAAUGUGCCUACAGUCAUCUCUGGCUGUGGUGUCUAACUAACAAAACACGAGGGCAGCAUCACCUGAAAGUGAAACAUCACCUCGCCUCUACAGGCAGAAAGAGGCAGGUGAUGUGUAACUCCCCUGUUAACAUUUUCCUGGCAGGCUGCUGUGAUGCCAGGAAGAGACAACUGAAGCAGCUUUUCAGGAAUUUCCCUGCACAACACAAAGUGCAACACCCCCCGAGCUUGGGGUGGGAGAGACAUGAAGUUCACUCUCCUCUCAUGUCGGGCAGCAGCAGUUCCCACUUCUCUCCAGACACCACUGGCUCAGCACAAGGCACUGGCUGCCUUGUUUCUGAGGGUUUCCCAGUUUGGAAGCUGCAGUGGGCUUAAAUGAGGCAUUUUAGCUGACACAGGGAUGCUUGGCUGCUCAGCCAGCCCUCUGCACUGCAGAGCUUAGUUCUGUUCCGUGUAAGAAAACAAAGGGGUUAAACACAUUCUUCACAGCAAAACAAAGCUUUUAGGGCAGGCAGGCACUUGAUCCUCCUCCUGCUACUACUAUGGAAACAUGUCAGAGCAGAAAACCUGUUGCCAUGAGACUGUAAAAAUAACCUCACCAUCACGUUACGGAGCCACGGACUGGCUGCACCACGCGGGUUAUGUAAGAGCUGCUCUGACACUGGGAUGUGGCACUGUGAGCUGGCUCUUGCUCCCAGGAGACAAGCAAUCUUCUGAAAAACCCACAGGCAAGGCAGUCCAGGUAGUAAGUCUCUGUUAUUUUUAGUCUGUGCAUCUGAAACGUAAGCCUGAACUGGACAGAGGCACAUUUAGGUACAUGGUGUGAGUUAAGACCAAGCAAUGGUUGGGUUUUUAGGUUAAAAGAAAUCACCCCUCGGUUUUAAUGGAUCUGAAACAGGGUAUUUUUUGGGACUGUGCAUAAUCUGAAGCGUGUGUGGAACUGGCCAGGGCAGGAGAAGGCCCUGCUAAGCUGGAAGGUGGUCAGGGAGCCAGGGAAAUGGUGGUGCCAUGUUUGAAGUUAUCACAGCUGUGCAGAAGGAAAGAAAGCAAAGGACCAGGCCCAGCCCUGUCACCUGAGCAAGGUUUGACAGAAGAGGAGAGCCACUUCCAGAGCUGGAGAAAGAAGGACAACAGCCAUGUUUAGAGUUCUUAAAUUCUAUCUAGGAAUAUCUUUACAGAAGUUCAAAAAAUAAAAGGCUUGGCUGGACCCAGAUACUUUCCUGUAGACAGAAAAAAAUCAAACUCACUGAAGUCCAACACUAAAUAUGAUUAGUUUUCAAAAAUCUUCUUAUGCUCUUAAGUGAGUAGUGCUGGGGGAGCAUAUUCAGGCCAGAGCAGGGAGUGUAGAAAACAGUAAAUUUAAAAACCUUUGAAGAAACUAUUACUGGUUACAUCAAUUGCCCUUUUACUACAAGACAAACCUGGUGACUAUCUCUGCUCAGCCCUCCUCAGGCUGCUUUUUAAAAUAUACCUAAGUUUUAUCACUUCA